CUCGCGAUACUAGGCGCCGCUGCCGAGCGGGGCAAUGGCUGUCGAGUACAAUGGAGCAGGGCGCUGCUGAGCGGCCGUCGGUGAGAGCGCGGGGGCCGAGCACGGGGGAGGCGGCGGCAUGGACGCUGCAGCCGCGCCCGCGGAUAUGCUGGCGUACGGAGGCGGUAGGGAGUCGGGCCCCGGCCGGGGGGCGGACGGGCCGCCGCCUCCGGGCCCCGACGCUGAUCCUGACGCAGUGACGCUGGUGGAGCCGAGCCCGGGCCUGGAGCGCUGCGGCGUGUGCCGUGGCCGCCUGCGGGAGCGCCAGCCCCGCCUGCUGCCCUGCCUGCAUUCGGUCUGCAAGGGCUGUCUUCACGGCGGCCUCAGUGCGGGCGCCAGCCCACAGGCUGAAGGGCUUAUUUGCUGCCCUGUGUGCAGACAACAAUGUUACAUAAAGGAUAUCAUAGAAAACUACUUCCUAAGGGAUACUGGUGAAUUGGACACGGGCUCGAAUAAGAAGGUUAGCCAGGUAUGUACCAGCUGUGAAGACAAUGCUGUAUCCUCCAGCUUCUGUGUUGAGUGUGCUGAGUGGCUCUGUGAUGCCUGUGUAGAGGCUCACCAGAGGGUGAAAUUCACAAAGGACCACACUAUGAGCAAGAAGAAUCCAGGGCUUACAGAUGGGAGGACAAACUGUGAGCGACCAAUCUUCUGCUCCAUUCACAGACAGGAGACCCUGAAACUGUUUUGUGAGACGUGCGACACACUAACCUGCCGAGACUGCCAGCUGCUUACCCACAAAGAUCAUAGGUACCAGUUUCUUGAGGAAGCUAUUAAAAACCAGAAGAUGACUCUGGAAAACUUGGUAAAAAAGCUGACAGAGAAGAAAAACCAGCUGCAAGUGACCACCAAACAAGUCCGUACUAGGUUAAGAGAUGUUCAGGACAUGCAGAAGAAGGUCCAGGUGGAGAUCAAGAUGGCCAUCCUACAGAUAAUGAGAGAGCUAAAUAAACGGGGCAAGACGCUUAUCCAGAGAGUGGAGAGACUGGCAGAGGAGCAACAGCUGAAGCUGGAGCAGCAACACCUGUCCAUGUCCAAACUGUACCGGCAAAUGGACCAUGUCUUAAAGUUUGCUUCUUGGGCCGUCAGCACUGAUAACAGCACAGCCCUGCUGCUCUGCAAAAAAUUGAUCUUCUAUCAGUUACAAAGAGGAUUACAAUCAAAGGUUAAUACAGAGGAGUUGAAGAACGACAUUAUUACUUUUCUGUGGGACUCUGCUUUCUGGACUAAGAAUGCAGCUAAUUUUGGCAAUGUUGUGAUUGAAGUUCCCCCAACGUUGUCAACACAUGUUCCCGUUCAGCAUCCGUCUGUGUCCAGCCACUGUCCUCAGCCUGUCCCACAGCACCAGACCAUCCCUCAGCUCCAGCCUGUUUCCCAACACCAGCCGAACAAUCGAAUGAUUGCGACACAAGGAAACUCCUGGCGAAGCCACGUACCUAUGCAGUCUUCCCAUCGCCUUCCGCCACCUAGUUACCAACAGACACAGCUCCCACCCCCACGCCAGCUCCCUCCACAGCAGAACACACAGCAGGUUCUCAUCCGUCAGCCUCACUCAGCUCCCCCCUGGCCACCAGUGAGCGGGCACUCGCGGAUGCAGCAAGCGGUGCAGCUUGUGAAGCCAACAACCACAAUGCCAAGUGCUAAUGGGAGGUACCUUCAGCAGAUGCAGGUGCAAGUGGUUCAACAAGGGAACAUUGUGCAGAUGCAGCAACAGCAGCAACAACUCAUGGGUCAGGUGCUAUUACUGCCACAGAUGAAUGGGGUACAAGUCCGCCAGCCUCAGGGACAUACUCAGGGAGCUGCCAAGCAAUCGAUCAAUGGAGGGCAGACAGCUACACUGUACCAGCAAAUGUCCGUCCAUCAACCUACUGCCAUUAGCAAAUUGCCUUCCCCAACACAGCGGCAGCAACUGUCCUAUGGGCCUAACGCAGCUGGUAAUGUUCAAUCCCCACCGGUGCAGCAAAUAUCUACGUCCACUGGGCUGUCAAAUGUUCCCGUAAGUCGACCAUCUCCUCCGGUGCAGCAAGCACUCAGAUCAAAUACUACUACCAGUAGACAGUUGCUAACAACUGCCACGCCCCAGCAAGUGCACGCCAGCAUUUCUGCUGCCAGUCAGAGUACUCAGGUUGGUGCAAAUUGCCAUCGGUCUCCAACAUCAAGCCAUCGCCUUGGCAACAGCCCGGUUGACCAACUCAAGAUGUUGGUGCAGCAGGCAACCUCGUAUCCCCGAGUCAUACUGCCCCACAGAGAUGGCCCGGCCAAUGCCCACGAUUUUGCACAGAAACAGUAUGCCUAUCCGGGUCCCUCUCUAGUACCACAACAGGUUGGUAGAGAUGAUAGCUUACUAUAUUCUCUGAUUCUGACCUCCGAUGGAGCAUUGCCCUGGUCUGAUUCGGGAGCGGAAGGAUUUGUUAAAGGGCAGCCUACCUGUCACGUUCCUCCUGCAUUUUCAGAACCAAGGAGGGGUGUGCCCUUCAAGCUGUCAAAUGCCAGUACCACCACUGAGCAGGAGGGACAGAGAAAUAGCAUCAAAGAAUUGCAGGAAGCUUCAGAGUCCGGAUGCAUUCCUUUGCAGUGUACCUUAAAGCACGCUGGUGACAGUUCGGACUCUAACAUUAAACCUAAAUUGAACAUGAAGGUUCCUUAUGUGCGGUUAGAGCGAUUGCAAAUAGAUUUGUCCACUGACACAGAGCUUCCAACAUUCAAACUGUUACCAGGCAGUGGACAGGAUGAGUUCAGCCUGAUCAUCAUCGAAGGAGAAGGCUUGCCUUUGAAUCCGUCCUUCACGGCACCAACUCUGGAGAGCACCUUGACACCACCAAACUCCGUGUCUCCCGCAUCAGUGACUGAAAUUGAAUUUGUCUUUAAUGAGAGAACUGAGGUAGCAAGCAAGCGUUCCCAUCACGCCCUGAGCCCAACGCCUUCCCCCAGUGAAAAAUCACCUGGGAGUAUACCAGACCUCAAAGCGUCCCCACUGUGCGGUAUCAGCGAGAAGGGCGAGGAGUUGGAUGAGGUGGUCUGCGUCGUUUGUGGGAAAGGAGGCGAGCUGCCAUGUUGUAGCCGUUGCCUGAAGGUGUUUCACAUUGGCUGCCAUGUCCCAGCUUUACUCAGUGUGCCCAGUGUUGAAUGGGCGUGUUCCUUAUGUGUGGACUUGGCGACAUCUGAGGUUCAGAGUGAAAGCUCACUGACAAUAGCAGACAGCAGAAAUGCUGCAAAGGAAGGCCUUGGUGCUCUCGAUCAGAGGAAGUGCGAACGCUUGCUGCUGUUGCUUCUGUCUCAUAAGAUGAGCCAGGCCCUCCAUAACCCUAGUGGAUCCUCCCAGUUGAAAAGUCAGCAAUUAGAUUUGUCUUCCAUAAGAGCAAAACUGGAGAGGACCAGCGCGGCCCAUUACUCCUCACCCGAUGAGUUCGUGCUCGAGGCCCGAUUGAUGUUUAAGGCAUUCAGCAAACUGAGUCAGGAGAAAAAGGAGGUGGCUGAGUCUGUACUGAUGCUCGAGUCAUUCUUCGAAGAAAAAUUGGCAGACAUCUUCAGCGGCAAAACUUUCGCCGGCACCCCAACAAAGCAGCAGGCGAUGGAGUCAGACAGCAAACACUGUGACCAAACUGACUGGAGGGACCCCACCUGUCCCUCAGACGAUGCUGACAGUAGCCCCAUGCAGGCUAAGAGGCGCCGGCUUGAUAGCGACUAACAGCCUCGAAUGGGAACGUUGAGCUGGUGACUUUGGUUGGUUGACAACAGACUUGAGAGCUGUCCCUCAGAACGAUCUUGUUGGGAUAAGGCGAGCAUCAGCAGUCUUUGACUGCUCAGUGGUGCUGAAGAGACUUAUGUACAAACCUAGGCCCAGGAAAGUCCAUGUAAAGGACUUUCCCAGUUUUGAAAACCUCCAGUGCUGAGUUUAAAUCCAGCUGGAGAAGUAGCACAGAAAUAUUUUGUUUUGAUCCUGGGUUUAUCUGCAGAGGCCAGCACCAGAGUUGUUUUUUUAAUGUGUAAACUGUAUGUAUUAAAGAAUUCAAUAAUGUGUAA